AAGAAGCAUCUUGAAGAAUGAGAAGCCUGAUGUGUGUGCUGUUCCUGGUGCUCUUCUGCUCUGUGCAGAUGACUUCAAGUGCUCCCUUCUCAUUUAAUGUGGAAAACUGCUGUAUAGCGUUCACUAAUGUGAAGAUUCCUCUGAAACUGUUGGUGUCUUACUACCAUACCAGCAGCAACUGUCCCAGGCAGGCCAUUGUGUUUCAGACACAAACAGGGAAAAAGCACUGUGUAGAUCCAGAGAGCACCUGGGUGAACAGCCAUGUUGCGAAACUGAACAGCAGAACAACAGUCUAAAAGAAGCUACAUAUUUUUUAUUUAAACUGUGCUUUUCAUGUUGUAAA